UGGAAAGUGAGGAAAAAAAUUCCCUGAAUGGACAAUCCGGAAUAAGUCCCAGUCACCUCAGCUCUGCCCUGCUGCGACUCUCCUCCCCACCGUCCUCUCCUCCUCCCCCCUUGCCCUCCCACCUCCCUCCAAGAUAGAUUCCCUCAGGAGCAAGGUUGACCUGCUCAAGCUGCCCCUGGCCCUCGCCUCCAGGUCCAUCUCCGAGUGCAAGAGCCAGCUGGGAGGAGUCUGUGAGCAGCGGGGCACACGGGGAGGAGGAGGAGGCGGGGCUCGCACAGCCCGCUCGCCGCCGACCCGAGACAUGGACAACGAGUCGCAGUACUCGGGCUACUCGUACAAGUCCUCCCACUCCCGGAGCUCCCGCAAGCACAGGGACCGUAGGGAUCGGCACCGCUCCAAGAGCCGAGAUGGCAGCAGCCGCGGAGACAAAUCCGUCACCAUCCAGACGCCCGGGGAGCCGCUGCUCGAUGCCGAGUCGACCCGCGGGGACGAGCGGGAUGACAACUGGGGCGAGACGACCACGGUGGUCACCGGCACCUCGGAGCACAGCGUGUCCCACGAGGACCUGAGCCGCGCGGCCCAGGACCUGGAGGAGUCGGCGCCGCUGCCGUGCCGGCGCCUGGCGGGCCCGGCGCUGGGCGGCUGCCUGAGCGUCCUGGCGCUGGUCACGCCGCUCGCCUUCCUCGCGCUGCCGCAGGCGCUGUGGCGCGAGGCCCUGGAGCCGUGCGGCACGCCGUGCGAGGGCCUCUACGUGUCGCUGGCCUUCAAGCUGCUGGUGCUGCUCAUCUCGUCCUGGGCGCUGUUCCUGCGGCCGCCGCGCGCCUCGCUGCCGCGCUUCUUCGUGUUCCGCUGCCUGCUGAUGGUGCUGGUGCUCCUCUUCGUCGCCUCCUACUGGCUGUUCUACGGCGUGCGGGUGCUGGAGCCGCGGGAGCGCGACUACCGCGGCAUCGUGGAGUACGCGGCGUCGCUGGUGGACACGCUGCUCUUCAUCCAGUACCUGGCGCUGGUUCUGCUGGAGGUCCGGCAGCUGCAGCCCGCCUUCUGCCUCAAGGUGGUGCGCAGCACGGACGGAGCCAGCCGCUUCUACAACGUGGGCCACCUCAGUGUGCAGCGGGCAUCCCUCUGGGUUCUGGACCGUUACUAUAGCGACUUCUCCGUGUUCAACCCGGCGCUGCUCAACCUGCCCAAGUCCAUCCUGUCCAAGAAGAUGACGGGCUUCAAGGUCUACUCGCUGGACGAAAGCACCACCAACAACUCGUCGGGUCAGUCUCGGGCGAUGAUCGCGGCCGCCGCCCGGCGGAGAGACAACUCCCACAACGAGUUCUACUACGAGGAGGCGGAGCUAGACCGCCGGCUACGCAAGCGCAAGGCCAGGCUGGUGGUGGCGGUGGAGGAGGCCUUCACGCACAUCAAGCGUCUCCAUGACGACGAGGUGGCGUCGUCCCCCAAACACCCGCGCGAGGUGAUGGACCCCCGCGAGGCGGCGCAGGCCAUCUUCGCCCCGAUGGCGCGCGCCAUGCAGAAAUACCUGAGGACCACGAGGCAGCAGGGCCUCCACAGCAUGGAGAGCAUCAUCACACACCUGCAGUUCUGCAUCACACACAGCAUGGCGCCCAAGGCCUUCCUGGAGCGCUACCUGUCGCCCGGCCCCACGGUGCAGUACCAGCAGCCGACCGCCAGGGGGCGCCCGUGGACGCUGGUGAGCGAGGAGCCGGUGACCUCGGCGCUGCGCCAGGGCCUCGUCUUCUCCCUGCGGCGCCUGGACUUCUCGCUGGUCGUCACGGUGACGCCCCUCCCCUUCCUGAGGCUCGGCGAGGAGUUCGUCGACCCCAAGAGCCACAAGUUCGUCAUGAGGCUGCAGUCGGAGACCUCGGUGUAGAGCCGGACCCCCUGCUGGGUCACUGAGGAGGCCACGGGGGCCACUCAGGAACCUUUUCAGGAGAGGAGGCUCCUCCUCCUCCUCCUCAUCACAGACGCUCUGAUGUCUGGGUUUUUUUAACGAAAAAAUGCACACUUUAUAUUCUCUCUCUCUUUUCGCCUCAUCCGUAACCACUGGACUACUUUCACUGCGCUGCCUCAGAGGAGAAGCAGGAGGAGGAGCAGGAGGAGGAGGAGGAGGAGGAGCAGGAGGAUUACAUCAUACGUGUCACUUCCUCUUUCUUUAAAAACAGACCAACUGGAGCUUCUGCUGCCUCCUCUCUGGUCACAUGACUCCGCCUCUCUGGUCACAUGACUCUGACUUCUUUAUAUCAAAGUGUUUACACUUGCAGAAUGUAGCGUUUUGUGCUUUUGAAUUAACACGCAGCUUUUAUUUUAUUUUAUUGUGCGGCCUUCGUUUUCUGUUCCUCCGGAGAAGCGACGCGUAGGACCCCUGCUGAGCUCCUCAGACCACAUGCAGGUUGUUAUUCUACACGGGCAUUUCUUUAGACGCCUGUCUCCAUCGCGUGGUCGUCUCCUGACCUCUUGACCUCCUGACCUCUUGACCUCCACUCUGACUUCUACUUUACCAACAUGUACUUUUAAUAAAAUAGAAACGAGCCUGAAUAACCACCUCUA